AUGUCUACCACAGCAGUAGUGACUAGCUCUGCCACUGCUUCACCCUCCGGCGCUGCUGCGCCCAUUGCCAACGGUACUUCGUCGGCUGCUGCUGCUGCUGCUGCUGCGGUAGGAGGAAACACCAAAGCGGAGAUUCUUGUCAUCGCCAGAGACGCAGCAAGUGCCAGGAACCUCGCGUCCGGUUUCAACGGCUACGGCAUCCCGUACAGCACGUUGGUUGUACCCCAGGCCGGUACACAGCUUCCAGCCCUGAAUACAUCGGGCGUCGGUAACUACGGUGGUAUCCUCAUUCACGGCCAAGUUGCCUACGAUUAUGGUGGAACUCUAGGUUUCCAAAGUGCUCUUACGGCGGAUCAAUGGAACCAACUGUAUGCCUACCAAACUGCUUAUGGAACACGCAUGGUCCAUCUCGAUGUGUACCCCGGUGCUCUCUUUGGCACAAACGCUGUAGGCGCCUGCUGCGACAAUGGCGUUGAGCAACUCAUGUCUUUCACUAACACUGCUGCAUUUGCACAAGCUGGUCUUAAGACUGGCGCUGGGAUUUCAACCCAAGGCCUCUACCACUAUGGAGCUUCAAUUGCCGAUGCCGCUACGACAACGCAAAUUGCCCAGUUUGCCGCCAACAGCCAGCUCACCUCGACCACCACUGCUGCAGUCAUCAACAAUUUCAGUGGUCGGCAGCAGAUGGCCUUCUUCAUCGGCUGGGCCACCGAAUGGUCGCCAACUUCCAACGUUCUCCAGCACGCUUACAUAACUUGGAUGACCCGUGGUCUCUAUGCCGGCUAUCGUCGCGUCAACUUUAACACCCAAAUUGAUGACAUGUUUUUGAUCACGGAUAUCUACAAGCCAGCGGGGACCACAUUCCGCCUUCGUGCAGCUGAUCUGACCGCUCAUGCCUCUUGGGUUGACACAAUCAACGCGAAGAUGAAUCCUGGUAGCUUUUAUGUUCCGGAAAUCGGGCACAAUGGCAAUGGAAACAUCGAGCAAGCACAGACCGCCAACAACGGCGAAAGAAUUUGCGCACCCGGUCCUAUAUAUUACGAUCAACUUCCAGCCACACCCCUCGAAUUCAAGAAGCCACUUGGAAGUGGUACCAAUCUGUGGCCGGCCACACCAACCGCGUAUUCAUAUUCAGCACAAUGCGUCAACCUCGAUCCGUUGAAGACUUGGUUCAGCACCACUGCAAAUCGUGACAAGUUUGCCCAUCUUUCCCACACAUAUACUCAUUUGUCGCUCAACAACGUCACUUAUUCUGAUGCCACCAAGGAAAUUCAAUUCAAUCAAGCCUGGCUCUCUGCAGUUGGCCUUGCUGCUGGGGCAUACUUCAGUCCGAGAGGUCUGAUCCCACCCGCUAUUACUGGUCUUCACAACGGUGAUGUCUUGAGGGCAUGGAAGGACAGCGGGUUGACAAAUUGUGUUGGUGACAAUACUCGUCCCCCUCUACGGAAUACGCAGAACGUCAUGUAUCCCUACAUCACCACAUUCGCUGCCGACGGAUAUGAUGGUUUCCAGGUCAAUCCUCGAUGGGCUACUCGCAUCUACUACAAUUGUGACAGUGCUGACUGCACCGCCUCCGAAUGGGUGGACACGUCCUCUCCAAGACCGAAUCCGGGUGACUUCCAGGCCUUGCUAGCCGCGGAGAAAGCUGAUGUUACUCGUUAUCUUUUUGGUCUCUAUCACGAUGGCUACAUGUUUCAUCAGGCCAACUUGCGCCAGACUGAUGUGCAGCCCACCACCAUCAAUGGUGUUACAUCCAGGCUCUCAAUUUUUCAAGCCUGGGUUGAGGUUCAGGUCCAGGAAUUUGUUCGUCUGGUUAACUGGCCCAUGGUUACCUUGAAGCACGAUGAUAUGUCGGCUUCGUUCGCUGCUCGUUUGACAAGAGACUCUUGCGGAUACAGACUGACCUGGCUCCAGUCUGCUUCCCAGAUCACUGGUGUACAACUCACCGCCAAUGGUAACUCAUGUGCCUCGCCAAUCCCAGUAACUUUCCCAAAUGGGAACAGGCCAAGCAGCCUUCCAGCCGGCGCUACCACUGAGCAACGCGGCAAUGAUCCAUAUACUGUCUGGGCCAGGCUAACUGGCGCGCCGGUCACUAUGAACCUUGCAACCCCCAUUUCAUUGUAG